UAAACGCCUGCCAGACUGGAAUAUUGGUGGGGAAAUUAAGCCGGCGACACAAGAUACCGCUCUCCCACUCGCGAACUUUGAAAAUGGAAGCAGCGUCGAUCGAUCUCCGGCUUCUCUGAAAGUCCUCUCUCUUUCUCUCUCGCCCCAGCUCACCUUCUCGCUCUCUCCCCUUUUAAACGGGAUUUUGUUUGGUGUUGGGUGAUUUGGACGAAGAUUCUGUUAUUGAUAAAGAGGAUGGAGGGAGGAGGCACGCAGCAAAGUUUGAGGAAGUAUUUGGGAGCUAUUAAAGACUCAACCACGGUUGGAUUGGCCAAAGUGAACAGUGAUUACAAGGAAUUGGAUAUUGCAAUCGUUCGGGCUACGAACCAUGUUGAAUCUCCUGCAAAGGAGAAGCACAUCAAAGCUAUAUUUUUGGCCAUUUCGGCUGCAAGACCUCGGGCAGAUGUGGCAUACUGUAUUCAUGCUCUUGCAAGGCGCCUUGCAAAGACACACAAUUGGGCUGUUGCAUUGAAGACUUUGAUAGUUAUACAUCGUGCUUUGAGAGAGGUUGAUCCUACCUUCCGUGAGGAACUUAUUAAUUAUGGAAGAAGCAGAAGCCAAAUGCUAAACUUAUCUCAUUUUAAGGAUGAUUCUAGUGCAAAUGCAUGGGACUACUCUGCAUGGGUGCGUGCAUAUGCAUUAUAUUUAGAGGAAAGGCUUGAAUGCUUUCAUGUGCUGAAGUAUGACGUAGAAACGGAUCCUCCGAGAACUCGAGAUAGUGAUGCUGCUGAGUUGCUCAUUCAAUUACCUGCCCUGCAGCAACUUUUAUUUCGUCUGAUUAGUUGUCAGCCACAAGGAGCAGCCAUCCAUAACUUCGUGAUUCAGCUAGCACUUUCCUUGGUUGCUGCUGAGAGUACAAAGAUCUAUAAUGCCAUUAGUGAUGGUACAAUCAAUAUGGUCGAUAAGUUCUUUGAGAUGCAACGCCAUGAUGCUCUCAAGGCACUUGACAUAUAUCGACGUGCUGGUCAACAGGCAGAAAGGUUGUCAGAAUUUUAUGAAGUUUGUAAAAGCAUUGAUAUUGGACGUGGAGAUAAGUUUAUUAAAAUAGAUCAGCCGCCUGCAUCAUUUCUCAAUGCCAUGGAGGAGUAUGUUAGAGAAGCUCCACGGGCGUCAGCUGUUAGAAAAGAUCAGGUGAAGGAUGAAAAAGCAUCUCCAAAGGUCAUUUUGGCCAUUGAAGAAAAGAAAACGUCAGAAGAGCCGGAGGCACCUCCACUAUCUCCACCACCUCCUGAACCAGUAAAGGUGGAAGCUCUUCCUGUAGCAUCUAAGGAACCUGAUCUGCUGGGUUUGCAUGAUACCAACCCUGCUGCUUCUGAGUUAGAUGCUAAAAAUGCUUUGGCCCUCGCCAUUGUUCCAGUUGAUGAUCCAUCAACAACUGCUUCACAAGUUAGUUUUGCAUCGGAGAACGGAACCGCGGGUUGGGAGCUGGCACUUGUCACUGCUCCAAGCUCAAAUGAUUCUGUUGCUGCAGCAAGCAAAUUGGCUGGAGGAUUGGACAAACUUACAUUGGACAGCUUAUACGAUGAUGCAAUCCGACGAGCAAACCAGCCAACCACUUACAAUCCAUGGGAGCCGGCACCGAUGGCUGGCUCCAUGCAACAACCAGCAUUGUCGCAUGAUCCAUUCUAUGUAUCCAAUGCCAUUGCUGCACCUCAUUCAAUCCAAAUGGCAGCCAUGGCUCAGCAGCAGGCAUUAAUGCUGCAGCAGCAACAGAUGAUGAUGAUGGGUCAGCAACAGCUCCACCCACAGAGCAACAAUCCAUUUGGAAAUUCGUAUGCUACAGGAAGCCCACAACCCUAUGGCUUUGGUAUGCCCCUUCACUCAUCAAACUUGCACUCUGGUUUCAUCUGAAAGUUACCAGAAAGUAUUCUGUUGUGAUGAGAGGAGAGUGUAGUAAUUAUAUAUUAUAAUUCUUUAUUCAGAAUUUAUGCAUUUUGCGUGCAUUUCUUGUGUAGCAAAAGAGCUGGUUUGUGUUACUGGAGAGAGAGAAAGGAAGAGGGAGAAAGCGGGGAUCGUAAGACAUGAUCAUUGAUAUAAUUGAUAUUCCUUAUAAUAAGAAUUCUUGUUUGUUGCAAUAAUUGAAAUUGGAAAAAACUUUGCAUAAUUGGGAAAUCUGAUGCAUGUCUCUUUUAA